CAUCUUUACGGCUUCGAUCAAGCUACUGCUAAUUUUUUUAAAAUCGCCUAUGUUAAUUGUACUGAUAUAUAACGAGACUCGUUUUAGCCCUGGACAAAUUCAAAAUAAUGUCUCUGCAACUGAACGACAUCGGAUUGAAACUCCCGUCUUUUCCGCCUCUCUCCCAGCCGAACAUGAUACGAGAUGAUACAUUCUGUAAUUCAACGACGCUGGCGGAUAAAAACUGCAUCGACAACGAGUGCGCGUGUACCCACGUGCUGCAAGUGAAACUGAAUAGCGUAGUCGAGCUCGUUAUUGUAGACGAAGGCCUCGGUUUGAAGAGUCUCGGAAACUUCAAUCAUCCCCUGCAUCUGCACGGAAACUUCUUCCGGGUGGUAGCGAUGGAAGCUCUAGCCGAGCAAGCAUCCGUCGAUUUGGUUAAGAAACUGGAUCGCGAGGGUAAAAUCAAGAGAAACUUGAAUCAGGCGCCGCUGAAAGACACAGUCAAGGUGCCCACCAAUGGUUACACAAUCGUCAAAUUCCAUGCAACGAAUCCUGCAACCGAGGCCGUCUUGAACUUCGAAGAUGAAGAUUUCCAUGGCCACACAGCUGACACGUACGACUGGUCGAAACACCCCUGUCGACGUGCCUGCAAGGAUGACGAAAAACCAAAGGAAUGCCACUACGUUUUCGUGGUGGAAAUGUACACGACCAUGAGCAAAGCCUGCUACGAUUGUCCGUUGAGCAUGACCGACUGCUUCAGACCACACUGUCUACCCGCCGACGGGGUACAGAAGCCUGUCUACGUUGCCAAUCGUCAACUGCCUGGUCCAACCAUCGAGGUCUGCAAGAACGAUAGAAUAGUGGUCGACGUCCGAAAUCUAAUGAUAUCCGAGAGCACAGCGAUUCACUGGCACGGAAUACAACAAAAGGGUACGCCGUACAUGGACGGAGUCCCCAUGGUCACUCAGUGUCCGAUCGCCCCCGGAAACAGAUUCAAGUAUAACUUCACUGCGUCGACGAGUGGCUCUUACUUGUGGCACUCUCACAUCGGUUCACAGCGCGACGACGGGCUCUUCGGCCCCUUGGUAAUCCACUCACCGCCAAGCGAGAACAUUCACGCGGAAUUAUACGACGAGGACGAUAAAAUCAUGUUCAUCAACGAUUGGACACACCUAAGCGGUAAUGCGGGUUUCCUCCGAGACUACCACUACGGUACGCAGGGCUAUGCAGAUACCAUGCUCAUUAAUGGAUUGGCUCGAUUGAAUAAAAUCGAAGAGGAUGAUGGUAUCGCGAAUUAUAAACCCACUGCUGUUUUCGAAAUCAGAAAAGAUCGCAAAUACAGGUUUAGAGCAGUGCACGCCGGUGCGACGGAUUGCCCGACGGAAAUAUGCAUUGACAACCACACAAUGCUGGUGAUCAGUAUGGACGCUAAUGACAUUGAACCGGUCGAAGUUGACUCGAUCCACAUCUGGAACGGCGAGAGAAUUGACUUUGUCGUGAAGGCUAAUCAAGCGAUCGGUAACUACUGGAUCCGGUUUCGCGGUUCCGGGAUGUGUAAACGACCCCGAAUUCAUCAGGUCGCGAUUCUCAGAUACGAAACUGCUGCACCUGUAGAUCCAGAUGCUCCGAUUGGCUACGAUAUCCCCGCGACAGGAGUUAUGAAGAGAAUGCUCAAUCCGCACAAUUCAGGAUCGGAGAAUCCCACGGCGAUCAGUAUACCUUCCCUUACGUCUAUCGCAGCAAAUGACGAAUCACUCGGGAGAAAACCGGACGAUCAAUUUUAUAUAACGUACGACUUCUAUGCCCUGGAUAAUUACGAUUAUCAUCGAAGACACCUUUACGGAUUCUACGAAGCUCUCCCGAGAACUACGAGACACUCUCUGCAGCUGAAUCACAUCACUCUAAAGUUGCCAUCGUUUCCUCUGCUGUCGCAGAGCGACAUGAUAAGAGACAAUAGCUUUUGCAACUCGACGACACUUGCGAAAAAAAAUUGCACGGCUGACGAAUGCUCCUGCACUCACGUGUUGCAAGUCGAACUCAACAGCGUCGUUGAGCUAAUCAUGAUUGACGAAGGUGUAACUCUGAAAAACGUCGGCAUCUUCAAUCACCCCCUGCACCUUCACGGACAGUUCUUCCGAGUGGUAGCGAUGGAAGAGAUGACCGAGCAAGUGUCAGUCGAUCUGAUAAAGAAACUCGAUCGCGAGGGAAAAAUCAAGAGAAGGUUGGAUCGCGCGCCGCUGAAGGACACGGUCAAGGUUCCCACUAACGGCUACACCAUUGUCAGAUUCCACGCCACUAAUCCCGGAUAUUGGCUGUACCACUGCCACAUCGAUCUGCACACCAACAUCGGUAUGGCUCUUAUCUUCAAAGUGGGAGAGCAUCGUGAUUUACCUCCUGUACCGAAGAACUUUCCAACCUGCGGAAACUUUGAAUAGUAGCGAGUGCAUUAUUUCAGUCGAAGAGACAUCGCUUUCGUGCUUUUGUAAUGCGAACGCUAUUUAUUCCAAAAAAUACAUUACAUUGAAAUUACUCGCUCUUUGCCUCUAAUUGUCAGAGAGCGAUAUGACGAAAAACGAUAUCUUCUACAACUCAACGACUUUUGCACGUAAAAAUUAUGCACCACGGACGAAUGCUCGGGGACUUCGCGGCCUCGUUGAGUUAAUUAAUAAUAAUUGACCAAAGUAGUGCUCGUAUUAUUUCCAUACAAUAAACUUUUUCUUCUAUUCGAAGACAUAAGAAUGCCUUACACGAA